GAGAGCCGCCCAGCACCCGGCGUGCGCCCCUCCUCCCUCUCUCCCUCCCUCCCUCCCUCCCUCCCUGCUUCUCGGCUCCGUCGCUCCCGCGGCGCGAGGCGCUCUCGCUUUCCUCCUCCUCCGCCGUCGCCCCUCCCCCCGCGCAGCCCCCGCCGCCACCGCCGCGAGGCCACCGCCGCGAGACCCCCGCACGCCGCUCUCCCCCCACCCUCUCCAGCCCCGCGCGCCCUCCGGCCCCUGCGGCCGCCGAAGAGAACGAGAGGGCGAGCGAGCGCGGCGUUCCCGGGCCGGCCCGGCCCCCUCCCUUCACCAUCGCCGGCCCUCCGCCGCCUUCCUCCGCUUCCACCUCCUCUCCCCCCCCCCAAGUUGAGGCCCCCUCCGGGGGGGGGAGGCCCGGGACCGGGACCCGGAGCGAAUUCUCCUAACUCCCUCGACCUCUCCUCUCGCCCGGCCCGAGUGUGAGGAGAAGGGCCCGGCCCGGCCUGCGUCGUGUGUGAGGAGGACCCCGGGCGGGCCCACGGGCCGUGUGGGGCCUGGUCCGGGCCGUGUGGGGCCUGGUCCGGCCCGCCGGGUGUGUGAAGACCGGGGCCCAGUGCGGCCCGGCCGGAGGACGAGCGGAGGGGAGGGGCCUGGUCCGGCCCGGCCGGUGCGUGAGGACUGGGGCCCGGGCCCGGCGCCGCCGCCGCCGCCGCCGCCGCGAUGGCCCAGCAGCAGAUGACCAGCUCGCAGAAGGCCCUGAUGCUCGAGCUGAAAUCCCUGCAGGAGGAACCGGUGGAGGGCUUCCGGAUCACCCUGGUGGACGAGUCCGACCUCUACAACUGGGAGGUGGCCAUCUUCGGACCCCCCAACACCCUCUACGAAGGCGGCUACUUCAAGGCGCAUAUUAAAUUUCCUAUUGACUACCCCUAUUCACCACCUACCUUCAGAUUCUUGACCAAAAUGUGGCACCCCAACAUUUAUGAGAAUGGAGAUGUAUGCAUUUCGAUUCUUCAUCCGCCUGUAGAUGACCCACAGAGUGGAGAACUGCCUUCUGAAAGGUGGAAUCCUACUCAGAAUGUGAGGACUAUCCUAUUAAGUGUAAUCUCACUGCUUAAUGAGCCCAACACCUUCUCCCCAGCCAAUGUCGAUGCUUCAGUUAUGUUCAGGAAAUGGAGAGACAGUAAAGGAAAAGACAAAGAAUAUGCUGAAAUUAUUAGGAAACAAGUUUCAGCCACUAAGGCCGAAGCAGAAAAGGAUGGAGUGAAGGUCCCCACAACCCUGGCGGAAUACUGCAUCAAAACUAAAGUGCCUUCCAAUGACAACAGCUCAGAUUUGCUUUACGACGACUUGUAUGAUGACGACAUUGAUGAUGAAGAUGAGGAGGAGGAAGAUGCCGACUGUUAUGAUGAUGAUGAUUCUGGGAAUGAGGAGUCGUGACGUGCUCCUUCAGUGCCCCUGUACUGCCCUGCCAUCUCAGGCCAAAGGGAGGGGAGCAAGUGGGGACCUGGCCAUGGCCCCUCAGCAAAAACCUAUUCACAGCGGGUGGGGAAACACACACAGCUCCUGCUGACUCCCCUUAUGGAUCUCAGUUUGCUCCUUUUUAUGGACCUUUAAUGGAGAGAGAGUAACCCUCCACAGAAUGUCUGAAUUCUUGCAUUCUUUACCCUUCCAUCACUAUAUUGAUUCUUUUUUUAAAAAACAUCAACCCAAACUCCCGCCUCACUUCGUCUCUACAGAAUGUUCACAGCAAAACACGUUUGGUCUGUUUUUAGAUUCUUGAAGAAUUCAAUAGUCUUUCAAGAUGUUUAAUGUGUUUAAAGCUGGGAACCUGUUGGGAGUUCACAAGUGCUGCAUAUACUGGGUAGCAAAAGAAAAUGGAAAAAAACCCACAAAACAAACUUAAAAAAAAAAAAAAGCAAAUUUGCCAAGGUUUAGCUGCUCAUUUACAUUAGUGUGUGUGCAUUCGUUCAGCCCCAUGGUGGUGAAUUCUGUUUCUUUCCUUUCCUAAGGCUGGGACAUGGUGGGCGUCAGGGACUUUGUGCUAAGCCUGAUGAAAUGUGCUCCUUCAAUCUCCAUGAAACCAUCGUAACAUGGAGGCCUCAGCUGCUCUGAGGAGAGAAAUCAGACUUUGUUUUUUGAAAUCGAUUGGGAUCGAAAGCCUGAAAUAAAUAUUCAUACUUUACAUAGAACUGAGCACUUGGUUGCUAUUUAUUUUAAAGGCAGGGUUAUUUUUCCCCCCAGGGAGUGGGGCAAGUGGGGAAGUUGGGAUGAGUGUGUGUGGGAGCAAAGAGUUAAAAAUCACUAUGCUAAGUUUGGUUGAUGCUACUGGGGGGAAAAAGUUGAAACUACUGGUGACCACUGUUGGGAGAGGAAACAUCUGUUUUAUAGAUUUAGCAUGGCCUUCCCAUCAAAAAUACACUCUUACCAUGACGUUUUGUUUUUUGUUUUUUAAAAGUAGCCACUUUUAAUUACUCAGUAUUAAUCCUAGGUGCAUGUGUUAAGAUUUCAGUUUUCAUCGAGCUGCUUAUACUGAUAGUGAAAAACUUGGAUGUGUGUGAGACGAGUUACCGCUUUCUUCAGUGGAUGUGAUCUGGACUUUUUUUCUCCUUUCAACAUUACCUAGGCUGUGGAGUGCAAGCAGAAUUAUGCAUAGAAAUUGUGGCAGGGCUGAGGGAGUUGACUGCAGGCAGUUUUUAGGCCAGAUAAGGCUAGAUCUUCCUGCGAUGCACUCGCUGCAGCUUUUGAUUUUCCAGAUCUCAAUCGUGUUGCUUCAAUCAAUAUUGAGAUCCAGCAGCCUUCACCAUCCAGGAGACUUCAGAACUUGAAGGUAAUUUUUGGUUGUUAUGGGGGUGCACCAGAUCAUAGGAGGGCAUUAUUUGGAGGAAACCGCUAUAAUGUAAAAUCAGAUUUCAGAAGGAAAAUGCAGCAAGGACUGACUGUAGUCCUAUUUCAGACCCCUGGGCACUAGUGUCAACUCCUCCUUUGGCUCGUAACUCAGAACCAAAGGGCAGAUUAGGGACAGGGGCAGGAGGGAUCCUAGGAUGGCCAGAGUAGGUGACGCUUACUUCCUUAGCUCCUCCUUCCAUUCUGAUCUCAGGGUUUUCACUCUUCAAACUCCCAAACACAUGACUUCUUCCCAGCAGCCCUUCCCGGCCUCUAAAGUUUGGUCCCAGCAGCCCUUCCCAGCCUCUAAAGUUUGGUCUGGUAUGAAAUGGGACUGUUUAACAAGCAAGGCUCUUGGGGGACACUGUUGAGCCUGGUCCCAGAAUCUGUGAUCUCCACAGGGCCAGGGUUGCUACUUGCGCCCAGAAUCUAGUGAUUUUAGUCAGAUCCAUGGAACAGAGCAGCUUCGUAAUACAUUGUCAAGUUACCUGAUUACAAACUCUCAUAGAUGUUGGAACUACCUUUUUACUCCCCAUACUUUGUAAGUAAUGCUUCCAGAUUAACCUGCAAAUCUUGUGGAGCCAAAGCCUCUCACAGUGCUGAUUUACCUCCCCGAAAAUGCCCCCAAACCCCCAUGCAAGUUUACAGCCAGUAGCUUGGUCUUAUUCUCUUGGAGCCCUAAAAUUAAGCCUUUCAUUCCCCUUUGCUAAAGCAUCUCACUCCCAGGGCAGCCCCAGCACCCUGGCAUUGUGGGAGGUGCUCUGCUGCACAGCUGUUCCAUCAGGCCCUAUUGGCCUCUGUUACACAUUGACUCAGGGAGCCGGAGCGCCAAGUGGAGGUUGUACCUUUCAGCCCUUUGGGGUGUUAAGUGUCAAGGGCUGGGUUUGCCUCUGAUGAGUACAAUCAGUUCCAGAAGACUGCGUAAGUCUCUUGCUAGCAGGUGGACAUUCUGGUAUUUUAGACUGACUGAACGAAACCCAGAGGCUGGUUCCAGAGCUCUGUCCCUGAGAACACAUCCCUGUGGAAAAUACUUGAGUUUGUAAUUUUUUUUUUCCCCCUUCUGGGAGCGGAGGUCUCAGGCUCAAUCCGGAACCAUGUACGUACAGUUUUGCUUAUUAUUUGAUGUGACAUGAACUCAAAAUCCUGCAUUUUUAGAUUCCUUUUAAUUCUAAUUGAGGCCUCACUAGAUGCUCUUCAGUUCUGUGUAUUUUGAGGCUGGGUGGAGAAAGUAUAUGAUUCCGCUGUUGAUUCUUUCAGUCUUCCCCCCUUCUCCUUUUAUCAAUCAUUCCCGAGUUAUUUUCUAUUAGUCAAACUUUUUUGUAGAACCUUCUUUCCCUUACCCUGGCAAAUUGCUUCUUUACUUGCUGGUUUCCUUACGUUUGGGGCACAUGUUGUAAGAAACUGAUUGGAAGGGGAAACGUGCAGCUCUCCACUGGAAAGGAACUCUCCACCCCUCCCAUCCUGAUAAAACAAACAAGGUUUACAUUUACAACUAAAAGGAUUCAGAUGCAAUUUUCAACUAUUCUGAAACCAGCAGGACACACCUGACUUUAAUAGUUUUAGCUGAAAUUGUAGAUGUUUUUCUUCAGUUUAACUUAUGAGAAAAGAUUAUCUGACGGAUUUUGUGUUGACUUCCCCUUUAGUGGUUUAUUUUGUCUUUUUCUGCCCAUCUGUCUACUAAUAAAAUGUGAAAUAAAAUACCUGUAUUGCUACUUCCCCAUGAAA